GUAAAAACUCAAAAAGACACACUAAAGGAAAAAGCUCAAAGUUCAAACCCGGCUUUUGCUUCCGGACCCGGUUCUUCUCUCACAGAUUCAAUCGUGAUAUCUCUUUCUUGUCCCUCCCCGCCACCAAGCUUUCUCCUUUGAAGAGUUUCGGAGCUCCACUCAACCCAAACCCGACCCGAGUCUAUAACCUGAAUACCAGAUUUGCUGCUGCUUCUUCUUCUUCUUCUUCAGGAAAAUGGGUACUGCUACUGUUAAAUCAACAAACUCUCUAGUUUUUAUAUUCAAUCAUUUCAUUGUUAGAGCAAGCUUUCCAUUUCAUGCUCUUACGUAUAAUUAUUCUACUCUUACUCUUACUCAUGCUCGAACUAGUAAUAGUAGUAGUAGUAGUCUUAGAGAAAAUGUGGAAAGCCUUAAUCAGAAUCAGUUCUUGGAAUCUGUGAGAGGUCAGUGCAAAUCUGGAACCUUUAGGAAUCUUGAUCAUGCCUUAGACCUGUUUGAUGAAAUGCUUCACAUGGACCCUUUGCCUUCCAUUGUCGAUUUUACUGGAUUGUUGGCUGCCAUUGCAAGAAUGAAGCAUUACCCAGUAGUUAUUACUCUAUUUAAACGAAUAGGGUCAUUAGGAAUUGCUCCAGAUCUAUUUACUUUGAAUGUUUUGAUCAAUUCCUUCUGCCAUUUAAACCGUGUAGAUUUUGGGUUCUCGAUCUUAGCAAGAAUUUUUAAACUUGGUUAUCAGCCAUGCCAAACUACUCUAAACACGCUUGUUAAGGGGCUGUGUCUUCAGGGUAAAAUUAAUGGGGCUGUGAGGUUGGUAGAUGAAAUGGAGAAGAAAGGGUAUGAACCUGAUAGAUUUACUUGUGGGACGAUAGUCAACGGUUUGUGUAAGAUUGGUGAGACUAAUGUGGCUAUUAGCUUGCUUCGGAAGAUGGAAAAAGGGAAUUUUGUACUUGAUCUGACCACGUACAACACAAUCAUUGAUAGUUUGUGUAAGGAUAGAUUGGUAACUGAUGCUUUGAAACUUUUGUCUGAAAUGAUAAGUAAAGGCAUUAAGCCAGACCUUGUCACUUACAAUUGCUUAAUUCAAGGUGUAUGCAAUUUUGGUCAGUGGAGGGAGGCUACUACUUUGUUGAAUGAGAUGGUGCAAAGGAAGAUAAUGCCAGAUGUGCAUACCUUUAGCAUACUGGUGGACACAUUUUGCAAAGAGGGGAAGCUAAAAGAGGCAAAGGAAGUUUUUGAUGUGAUGAUUCAAAGGGGCAUUGAGCCUAAUAUAGUCACUUAUAAUUCUUUGAUUGAUGGUUACUGUAUGCAAAACAGAAUGUAUGAGGCAAUCAAGGCAUUUAAUAUGAUGGUUGAGAGGGGUUGUUCACCAGAUGUUGUUAGCUAUAACAUAUUGAUGAACAGGUAUUGCAAAAAUAAAAGAAUUGAUGAUGCAAUGAGUCUUUUUCAUAAAAUGUCCAACAAGGGAGUGACUCCUAGUGUUGUGACUUACACCACUCUUUUAGGUGGGUUUUGCCGGGUGAAGCGACCUCAAGCUGCACUAGAGCUAUUCCAUAAGAUGCAAGCUUGUGGGAAACGUCCAGAUUUUCAAACUUAUGUUGUCUUGUUAGAUGGCCUUUGUAAGAACAAACAAAUUGCUGAGGCAAUGGAAUUGUUUCAAGAGAUGGAAGACAACAAUUUGGACCAUAAUAUUGUGUUUCACAAUAUCUUAAUUGAUUGUAUGUGCAAUGCCAGAGAACUUUUGACUGCAAGAGAACUCUUUGAUCGCCUUCCUACCAAAGGAUUGCAACCUAAUGUCUCAACAUACAAUGUUAUGAUCAAAGGGCUUUGCAAAGAGGGCCUGAUAGAUGAAGCAAGUGAACUGUUUGAGAAAAUGGAUGGGAACAAUUGCUCUCCUGACGAUCGUACGUAUAACAGAAUCAUCCAAGGGUUCCUAAAACAUAACAAGCCAUCAAAGGCAGUGAAAUAUCUCCAAAUAAUGGUGGAUAAAGGUUUUUCAGCAAAUUCGACCACUGCAACUAUGUUAGUUGGCUUAUUGUCAUCUAAUCAAGUAGAUAAGAGCAUUCAAGAAUUUUUUCAAAAGUUUGUUUGAAGGUUUUGUAGUUUCUCAAGAUCAAGGACAAAUUUCGUAUUUUUACCCAUCAAAAGUCAAUCCGUUGGAUUGAGGAAUGCUGUGCUGCUUUGCAAACAAGUAGGAUCUUCCAAUUGCAUGAAUUUUGCUGAAAUCACUGAUACGCUUGGUCUUCACUCCCUCUGUCAACAAAACCACUAGCAUAUUGACAUUCUCUCAUGUUUUACCACAUAUGGAAAAUUUGGUAUCCACUGAUUGAGGCUAUUUCAGAAGGGUCUAUUUCCGUAGCACAUGUGCCAGCAAAGGGCUUGUAUGAGGGCUAGACUGGCUUUCCAACAAUAUUGCUAACAAGGCUUGGGAGAUCGGAAAAUGAAACUGGGUUGCUGAUUAUUUGAAGAAACAACAAAGGCUCCUUAAAGGUUGUUUGGGGUUAACCUUAUGAGUUCUGGCGCUGGAAGAGUAUAGGGCAAGGAUAUUGAUCUUACAGAAGCAAAAUGGAGAGUUGCUAAGGGUGAAGCCAUUGCUAGUAACAGUAGUGCUUGGUGUAAAGUAAGAGGUAAAGGCAUAUUGAAUAAUUUUCCUGAAUGAUCUGAUAGUUCAUGCAAGCAAGAGGUGGAGAGUGGAUUUAAUUAACAGAAGCAAACCUCGAAGUGCUCAAGAAAUCUUGAAGAUUUCACUGCCUAGAAUGUGGCCUUCCAAGACAAGCUGAUCUAUCCUUAUAGAGCUCAUGAUAAUAUGAAGUUUGGAAGAGCUAUUUCCUUCUCUGUAGACAGAAGUUUUUCUUCUUUUUUAAAUUUGAAAGGUUUGUAAUCAGGCACUGCUUGUUAGAGCUGAACUGAGGGAAAAAUUCUAUAGAUACCUACUGUCCUUUAUGUGAUAUUGAAAAUGAAACUCUUGAAGAUA